AUGACACCCCCAAGAGCGUUCGAUUUCGCCGGAGACGUGGCCAUUGUGUCAGGAGCAGGCUCACGAAUGCCAGGCGAGAUUGGUAACGGCCGAGCGACCGCGGUCCUCCUCGCCCGACAUGGCGCCAAGGUCAUGCUUCUCGACAACAACCUCGAGUGGGUGCAGGAAACGAAGCGAAUGAUCGACGCAGAAGGCGGAAUCUCGGAGGCAAUUCAGACGGAUGUCACACAUGAAGAAUCGUGCAGAAAGGCAGUGGCUAGGACGGUCGAUCUGUUCGUCGGCGUCGGCGGUGUCGUAGGCGACGCGACGGAGCUCGACCUAGCCGGAUGGGACCGGGACUUCCGCAUCAACGUGACCAGCAUGGUUCUCAUGAGCCGACACGUCAUUCCUGAGAUGCGCAAGUCCGACCGAGGCGCCAUAGUGAACAUGUCAUCCGUGAGCGGGAUGAUGGGCGGCAACCCGAGCCUCCUGUACGCCACGAGCAAGGGCGCCAUCAUCCAGAUGACGAGAGCCAUGGCGGUGCACCACGGCAAAGAGGGCAUACGCGUGAACUGCGUGGCUCCCGGGAUGGUGUAUACCCCGAUGGUGAGGACCCGGGGUGGAGGGAUGACGGAUGAGAUGAGGCAGGCGAGGAUCGAGCAGAAUCUCCUUGGGACGGAGGGGACUGCGUGGGACGUUGGCUACGCGACCCUCUUUCUUUGCAGCAAAGAGGCCAGAUGGAUUACAGGGCUCCUUAUGCCUGUGGAUGCUGGGACAACUGCAGGGCGUCCCGAUAGGCCGGCGUUGGAGGAGGAUACACUGGCCCAACAUAAGUCCGACGUGAAUAGCCAAAAUUCAAGGCUAUGA